AUGGCCGAAACAUUUCUCUUCAACCUGACUGAGAGAGUUUUAUCUAAAGCUAGUUCCCUCGCUUUGGACGAGAUCAAUUUGGCUUUGGAUGUCAAAACAGAGCUGAAGAAACUCGAGAACACUUUGUCCAUGAUCAAAGCCGUACUUCUCGAUGCGGAUGAGCAGCAAUCGAAGAACCAUGAGGUGAGAGAUUGGCUAGAGAAGCUUAAAGAUGUCGUCUGUGAUGUUGAUGACUUGUUUGAUGAUUUUUCAACCGAAGUUUUGAGGCGAAGAGUUGAGGUUCAUGGUUGCCGAAGCAUGCUUAAAAAGGUUAGCAAGUUCUUUUCACCUUCAAACCCAAUUGCACUUCGAUUCAAAGUUGGUAAUAAGGUAAAAGAUAUCAGGAAAAGAUUGGAUGAAAUUACAUGUGAUCGGAAGAAUUUUCAAUUUUCGGAGCAAGCGCUCAAGACCAAAGUUGAAAACAACGUUAGGGAGCAAACCCAUUCAUUUGUUCGAGCAUCAGAAAUUAUUGGAAGAGACAACGAUAAAGAUAUCAUUGUAGAGCUUUUACUCAGCCAUGGUUAUCAAGAAAAUGUUUCUGUUAUUCCCAUUGUUGGGCUUGGAGGUCUUGGGAAGACCACCCUUGUAAAAUUGGUCUAUAACCAUGACCGGAUAAUUCAAAAUUUUGAACUAAGAAUGUGGGUGUGUGUCUCAGAAGAUUUUGGUCUAAAUAAGGUGAUUGAGAAAAUUAUAAAAUCUGCAACAGGUGAGAGUUUUAGCCACCUGGAUGUGGAUCAGAUGCAAAGUCGCUUGCGUGAUGUUUUGAAAGCAAAAAAGUUUUUAAUUGUCUUGGAUGAUGUGUGGAACGAAGAUCGGAACAAGUGGACAGAUUUGAGAGAUUUGUUAAUCAGUGGUAGCAUUGGAAGUAAAAUUGUUGUUACUACACGCAGUAAAAUGGUUGCAACAAUAACGGGCACGGUUGUGCCAUACAAUUUGAGUGGUCUUGAGUAUAACGACUGUUUAUCUUUAUUUUUGAAAUGUGCAUUUAGAGGAGAGGAAGAUUGGCUUCCUAAUCUUGUGGAAAUUGGAAAAGAAAUUGUGAAGAAAUGUGGUGGGGUUCCUUUGGCAGUCAAGACCUUGGGAAGCUUGUUAUAUAUGAAAACAGAUGAGCAUGAAUGGUUUUACAUUCGGGAUAAUGAAAUAUGGGAGAUUGAACAAAAACAGUGUGACAUUAUACCAAUAUUGAGGUUGACCUAUGAGCAGAUGCCAUCCUGUUUAAGGCAAUGCUUUGCAUAUUGCUGUAUGUUGCCUAAAGGUUAUGAACUUCCAAGGGAGGUGUUAAUCAACCUCUGGAUUGCACAAGGUUUCAUACAAUCAACCAAUGGAAACCGACUGUUGGAUGAUAUUGGGAAUCAGUAUUUCAAUGAGUUACUGUCAAGGUUUUGCUUUCAAGAUGUUGUUGAAGCUUUUGAUGGUGAAAUAUUGGCCUGUAAGGUUCAUAACCUUGUACAUGAUCUUGCACAGUCAGUUGCAGGUGUGGAAUGUCUAAAUUUUAAAUUUGAUACCAACGUGAUUUCUGAAAGAGUUCGUCACCUAUCGUUUCAUGCAGAAGGUUUUUCCGAGAAAGAAUUUCCUGCAGCCUUAUUCAAAGUCAAAAAAAUGAGGUCCUUUUUUAAUUCAUUCAAAGUUGGAUCUGUAAAUAAAACCUUUAUCAAGACCAUCACUUUGAAUUUCAGAUGCUUGCGUGUCUUAGUAUUGAACUCGUUAGAGCUUGAGGAGUUGCCAAGAUCCAUUGGUAACUUAAGGCAGUUAAGAUAUCUUAACCUCAGUCACAGUGGCAAUCUUAAAUAUCUUCCUAACUCAAUUUGCAAGCUUGUGAAUCUGCAAACCUUGAACCUCAUCAACUGUGAGCAACUCCAACAGUUGCCUAGAGACACAUGGAAGUUGGUUAGCCUCAAAACUUUAUAUUUGUCUUCAAGGCAAAUAUGUUUGCCAAAGAAAGGUUGUCAAAGCCCGAGUUCUCUUCAGUAUUUAUUACUUUACAAAUGCAGCCGCCUGGAAUUAUUGUCCGAAGGAUUGCAACACUUCACUGCUCUUCGAGUAUUGCGUAUAUAUGAAUGUCCACAGUUAGCUUCUCUUCCAAUCAGUAUAAAGUUCCUAACUUCUCUUGAGAAAUUGUGGAUUUGGAAUUGUGAAGAACUUAAUCUGCUGGAGGGGAAGGGUAUGGAAGGCCUAGCAAGCCUUCGAUCACUGCUUCUGAUUGGACUCCCAAAAUUAGUGACUCUGCCUGAGGGACUUAAAGAAACUGCUACAACUAAUCUGCAGCAUUUACGUAUUGCUGAUUGUGCAAAUUUAUCAACAUUGCCCGAGUGGCUGCAAAAUUGCACCUCACUUCUGAGGCUGUACAUUGAGGAUUGUCCUAAUUUAUUGUCUCUUCCGGAAGGAGUGCGCUCCCUCACUGCAAAGGUGCACAUUAGUGACUGUCCGCAAUUGAGUGGAGGAUGCUGAAAACCCAGGUAUAGGAUUUGCCAAAGUUCGGCCAUCUCUGGAGAUUGUAUUUUUGGAUUAACAUGAAUAUUUUGACAAGGGAGAGAGUCUGUCACUUCAGUCUCAUUCACUGUGAUGCUUACAUCUGCAUUGGUAUGGCCGUGGUGAGGUUGAAAUUAUUUGGAAGUCCUCGCGAAUUAAAAUGUUUUUCAAUUAUAAGGGUCAUACUAGAUGCCAUUCCCGUGGCAGUGGAAAGGGUGCUGCUUCUCUACAGAGAGUUGCUAUGACAUUCGCAUCAACUGGUAUGUUGUUUACUAUUCUGAUAUCUCACUUAAUUGAAGGUGAUUGUUCCCCUAAUAAGUUAAAUCCACUUUGCUCAUGUUAGUAAAUAGUCAUCAAGACCAUACUAAACAGUUGUAGGGUUUGCUUAAGCAUGGUCAUUAAUAAAUCCUUGAUUUGUUGCAUGGAUUGGUGAGAAGCUGCAAGCUGAGGUUGAAAAUGGAGGACAAGGGUUUAAAAAGCUGCCAGGUUGCAGUUGGAUUGUAAUGGGAAUAGGUUCAUGUUUUUGUAGUUCGUGAUAAAUCUCAAUGUGAAAUUGAAUUCGUCUUUUUCAUUACUUUGCAAUCUUCAUGUUUAAAUGAAGAAGUCUGGUAAAAUGAUGAUUUUGCAGUGGAAGAGGAUUUUUUGGUAACUUAGGUUAUUGACCAUGAGCACGAUCAUUUUAGGUGAAUGCUUACCAGCUGGUUUAUUCAUUGUUAUCAUGAACUAAAAGCUGCAUGCUUGCUUAUGAUAAGUAAUUGUCAUGUCCUGUCAUAAGUG